UUCAAUUCCGGUUUUUGUCUAGUUCUGAUUUUCAGUUAUUUCCUAGUUUCUCUUAUUUUCGUUCUGUUUGAUAAGUCUUAGUAAUAGCAUUUGAUAAGGAAAAAACAUUGAAAUAUGGCGAGGACCAAGGCAUCUGUAGGUGCAAAGGUGUCUAUGGGUAAAAGUAGUAAGGCAAGAUGUAGUGCUGCUCCACCACCAAGUAAUAGCAGUUCAUCAGGUGAAAGGUCUUCUCGGAGCUAUUCUGGUGGUAAUCCUGUCUGUCCUCGAGAGAUCCCUAAGUGGCAAAAGCCAAUAACAACAUUUAUUUUCACAAAACAAAAAAAAAUUGAAGAUUCUGAUGCUGGCAGUUCAAAAUCAAAACUAAAACGCCAGAUAAUAUAUUCAGAUGAUGAAAGUGAUUCAGAAAUAAAAAAUAAUAGUGGUGAUAUGAAUAAUAAAGUUGAUAAAAGUGACAAUACUAAUGAAAUAGAAAAUGUGGAAAGCCAAGUGCAUGCUGUUAGUCAAGUGUUAGAAAGCGAAGUGAAGGAAAGUGUAGGCAAAGAAAAUGUAGACAGUAAAAGUGAAGUUGUUGAAAGUCAGGACUAUGACUUAAUGGAAUCACCACCAAAGAAUAGGGAACUAGAUGAAUCUAUAAUAUUAGAACCUCUGACUGGUGAAAGUAGUCAUAAGUUAGAGGAAUAUUAUCCAAAAACAGCAAAAAAGCCUAAAGGAGUCAGUAAAAUUAUUGAUAAAGAAAAUUUCAAUAAUAAAGUUAAACGUAACUUGGAUGAUGUUUAUGAAGAGUCACCAAAUAAAAAAAUGAGAAUGGAAUGAGAGGGAAAGCAUAGAGCUUUUUCAGGGACAUGGGGCUACUGUGUUUUAAUGGCUGUUAAUGAUAUCUGAUUUCAAUGUUCAAUUAUAAGUUUAAAUCUUCUAUUUCGUUACCUCAAAUUAGUUUGUAAGUAAAUAUUAAGUUUUGAAAUAAAUUUCUUUUAACAU